AGUCUGUAAAGCAUUAACCUGCUCGCCAUGACUGAGGGAAACGUCCAGCAGCAGAGGACCCCUUUAGCCCGGGAGCUAACCAGGGUGUUCAGCAACUACAACAAGCACUCCAUCCAGCUGAAGAAGAACCUGAAGGAAACUAAUGCUUUCUUUCGAGAGAUCAGGCAGAACUACAGCAAUGCCAGCACAUCAACAAUAAGCUCGGAUUCAGUCUCUUUGGAGGCAGGUCAGCUCAGCUGCAUUUCUUUCCCAAGUCAUGAAGAAGAGUUCCUGCGUAACAACGUGGGUGCUGCCCCACACAUCUUGGUUCUGGGUCAGGACUGUGCCGCUCGCUACCAGCUGCUCAACUGCCUUCUGGGGGAGAGGCUGCUGCCGCUGGGCUCGGAGGCUGGAGAGGUGUGCGAGGGAGUCCACGGGAUCGUCUGCAAGAGGAGGAAGCUGUGUUUCACCCACGGGAGACAGACCCGGCUCAGCUUGGCGCUGCCCGGUCAGUACGAGCUGGUGCAUCAGCUGGCUGCUAACCGAAGCCGCUGGGAUACGGUUCCACGGGAGGACCUGGAGAUCCACGAGGAGUGUGAGGACCCGGCUCACAGGCUGGCAGAGCUGGAAAUCACUCUGCAUCACCCCAUGCUUCAGGAGGCGAAGGUGAUGGUGGUGCCCUGUUCCAGUGUCCAGCCCAUACAAGAAGCUCUGGAAGACUGCACUGUCAACGCAAUUCCCAUCAUUCUUUAUGCCAUCAACCAGGACUCCUUGACCUCAGAGCAGGCGGCUGAGAUCUGGAAGGUCAAAGAGUUGAUCUACUUUCCCAUCUGUUUCAUUCGUGUCCCCGACACCACGCUGGCAGCCUCUCCAGAACCCGGCCGCCGGGCGGAGAAGGACAGGGAGAAAAGCCCCUUACACAAGCAGCUACUCUCACUCGGUUUCUUAAAUAAUCAAACAGGAAGCUGUUCCUGUGGCGCCCCCACGCAGAUCCCCACCCCGGGGGCCAAGCCCCAAAGCAUGCUGGGUGAAUCGUUUGAAAGACUGCAUCGGUUGUUGGUUCCGUUUGCUCGCCAAGUGCUCCAAAGCGUACAAGUGGAGGCCGCCAACCUGCUUAACAAGCUUCAUUGUCGAUGUCUAGAUCUUUUCAUCAACCAGGCCUUCGACAUGCAGAGGGACUUGCAGAUAACCCCUCGCAGGCUGGAGUACACCCGUGAGAAAGAGGGCGAACUCUUCAACUCCUUGAUGGCCAUCGCCAACAGAAAACAGGAGGAGAUGAAGGAGAUGAUCGUGGAGACCCUCAGCAGCAUGAAGGAGCAGUUGCUGGAGGAUGCAGCCAACUUAGAGUUUAAAGACAUCAUCGUAACGACUAACGGAGAGCCCGUUACGUCAAAGGAAAUCAAAUCCUGCAUCCACUCCAUCCAGGAGCUGAUAGUGGUGCGUUUGAAUCAGGCGGUGGCGAAUAAGCUGAUCAGCUCCGUGGACUAUCUGAGGGAGAGUUUUGUGGGGACUCUGGAGCGUUGCCUCAGCAGUCUGGAGAAGUCCAACAUCGACUCCUCUGUCCACAACAUCACUUCUGAUCAUCUAAAACAGUUAUUAAAUGCUGCCUAUCAUGUGGAGGUCACCUUUCAUUCAGGAUCCUCCGUCACGAGAUUCGUGUGGGAACAAAUCAAACAGAUAAUCCACAGGAUAACGUUUGUAAACCCUCCGGCCAUCACUCCCGAGUGGAAGCGAAAAGUCGCCCAGGAUGCAAUAGAAAGUCUGAGCGCUGCCAAACUGGCUCGAAGCAUCUGCUCCCAGUUCAGAACCCGACUGAACGGCUCCCACGAGGCCUUCGCUGCAUCUUUACGCCAGCUGGAAGAGGGCCACACGGGGCGUCUGGAGCGGACCGAGGACCUGUGGCUGCGCGUCAGGAAGGACCACGCCCCUCGGCUGGCCCGACUCUCGUUGGAGAGCCGCUCCCUGAGGGACGUGCUGCUGUACGGCAAGCCGAAGCUCGGGCCGGAGUUGGGUCGGGGUCAGUACGGAGUUGUGUACCUGUGUGACAGCUGGGGGGGGCAUUACCCCUGUGCCCUGAAGUCCGUGGUCCCGCCUGAUGAUAAACACUGGAACGACUUGGCUUUAGAGUUUCACUACACGAGGUCUCUGCCCAAACACGAGCGGCUCGUCAACCUGCACGGUUCUGUGAUCGAUUACACCUACGGAGGCGGCUCCAGCAUCGCCGUGCUGCUCAUCAUGGAGCGGCUGCAUCGAGACCUCUACACGGGGCUGAAGGCCGGUUUAUCGCUGAGGGAGAGGCUUCAGAUCGCUCUGGACGUGGUGGAGGGGAUUCGCUUCCUGCACAGCCAAGGUCUCGUGCACCGAGACAUAAAACUGAAAAAUGUUCUGUUGGACAAACAGAACCGUGCAAAGAUCACUGACCUUGGCUUCUGUAAACCAGAGGCCAUGAUGUCCGGCAGCAUCGUAGGAACGCCGAUCCACAUGGCUCCAGAACUGUUUACAGGAAAAUACGAUAACUCCGUUGAUGUUUACGCCUUUGGGAUCCUGUUCUGGUACCUCUGCACCGGUUCAGUCAAACUCCCGGAAGCUUUUGAGAAAUGCUCCAGCAAGGACCAGCUCUGGAACAACGUUAAAAAAGGUUGCAGACCCGAGCGGCAGCCUGCUUUCGACGAGGAGUGCUGGCAGCUGAUGGAGGCCUGCUGGAACGGCGACCCCUCCCUCAGACCGCUGCUCGGCAUCGUGCAGCCCAUCCUGCAAAGCAUCAUGGAGCGUCUGUGCGGCUCGGAGCAGAAGAGCAGCAGCCUUGAGGACUCGAGCUGAAAACACUCCAGACGAACUCACAGAUGGAAGAGGACGAUUCUUUUCUUAGAUUUACAAAGAGCAGAGCGGACCGACAGAGCAGAGCGGACCGACAGAGCAGAGCGGACCGACAGAGCGGCGCUGUUGGAGUCGCUUUAAUUUAUGAGGAGCUGAAAGACACCAGGCGUGUGCAGAGGUGUGUGUUUUAUUGUUUGUGCUUUGUGUAUUUGUAUACAAACUCCACACUAGGCUUCUCUGGUAGCUGCAGUGCUAAUCGCUCCUUCGUCGUAGAAUUGUUACUAAAUGCAAAUUGUUUUAAAGAGUAGCGCAUUCUCAGUAUUAUAAAAAAAAUUAUAAAUAUAUCAGAUUAAUUUUAGAUUGUAUUUAAACUGAACGUGUCUGUGUGUAUUCAAAACAUCUUUUUUAAUAAAAUGAUCUGUUAC